AAAUUGCGUUAAACUAAGAUUACCGUAACCAAACUAAUGCGAGGCUAAAAUGCGAGGAGAAUGAAUAUACUUACAGGUGCACUAUUUUAUUCUCGAUCUUGAUGACCUUGGGCUUGAGCUUGGUGCUCAUCUCCUCGAGCUCGGCCUUGAGCUCGGUGCUGGUCUCCUCGAGCUUAGUGUUGAUCUCCUCGAACUUGGUGUUGAUCUCCUUAAGCUCAGCCUUGAGCUUGGUACUCAUCUCCUCGAGCUCAGCCUUAGGCUCGGUGCUAGUUUCCUCGAGCUUGGCGUUGAUCUCCUCAAGCUUAGUAUUAAUCUCCUCGAGCUCAGUAUUAAUCCCCUCAAACGUGGUAUUGAUCUCCUCAAGUUCGGCCUUGAGCUCGGUGCUGGUCUCCUUGCACUUGGUAUUGAUCUCAGUCCUGGUCUCCUCAAGCUUGGCCAUAAGUUCUUUGGUGGUUUCAAUCAUUUGUUUCAACUUGCUAAAGUAUGACACUACUGAGGGAUCCAUGGUAAUUAAGGACAAAGCGAAGAAGGGCAGAGUAAUGAAGGACAGAGUGAUGAAAGACAGUAAACUAAGGAAAGACAAGGAGAUGGAAUAUAUAGAUAGUAGUAUGCCUUAUAAGUGUUUACCAGUCAACCAAACAUAGAAAGUUGACAAACAAUACUUGUUGGGGACACUAGAAUCUAUCCCUUAGAAUUCUAUGCCUUGGAAUUUUAUCCCUUAGAAUUUUAUCCCUUAGAAUAUAAUUUCAGCUUGAAAACGUUUCACUAGCCUUAGGCACUGCAGGUAACCCACAAGGUUCACUGAUCAAUACUAUAUAUGUACAUUUAAAUUAAUCUU